AUGCUCCACGAAAUCCUCCUCGCCCUCUCCGGGCACCCCUCCCCUCUCCUCCGGACCGACAACCCUGACCCCAACGCACCACCAACGGCCGUCUCACCUCCGGAGCGCGAGCUCUUAGCCACCGCUGCCCACCUCAGCGACCUUCACGUCAAGCUGCAAGGCUACACCGGUCCCAUCGCCGCCGAGCAUCCGUCCACCAUCUGCCGCGCCGUCGCGACCGCCAUGCAAUCUGUCCAUCUCGCUGCUUUCCAGCGCAAGGUUCUCGAGGUUGAGGACACGAUCUUGCGUAGGGAUUCGAGCCUCGUCGGCGCGUACAACAUUGUGCCUCUGACGGCCGUUGUCGGGGAAUUCUCCGAAUGGACGAGGCGGAUGGAGUGGCUGUGGGAGAUUGUGCAGUUCAUGCUGAAGAAGCAGCAGGGUCAGACGUGUCGCGGCGCACAGCUCAUUGAUAGGUUAAGGAGCGAGCUGCAAAGCGGGUACGUGGAUAUCGAGCGGACAGCCAUGAGUCUAGUCUCCGUGGCAGAGACGGCAUGGUUGAAGCAGGUGUCUGCUUGGAUUCUCUACGGGCGCCUGCCGACGUUUGGGGGCGAGGACUUCUUCGUCCAGAAGACAGAUGGUGGCGACCAGGGCUUCGUGUCCGUGCCGUCUCUGCUACCCAAAUUUGUAACGCCGGCAACCUCAUCGUCGAUGCUCUUCAUCGGCAGAUCACUGAACCAUGUCCGCGUCAAAAGCAGUGUCGAAUCCGGCCUGCAAGGCCUCGACCACCUCUCCUCUCAGCUCAAAGAGCUGUCCGCCUUAACAUACCCUCUUAAUACGGCCGGCUUUUCGCGUGCCAUCACAUCCAUCCGCCUUACUCUCUCACGAACAAUAUUGCUGAAACUGUUACCCCUUACGAAAGUCGUUGAGGCCCUCCAGGUUCUGAGGGAGUUCUUCCUACUAGGCCGAGGCGAAUUCGCCAUGGCCUUGACGCAGCAGGCGGAUGAGAAGCUACGCAGCCGGUGGAAGCGGUCUGAUAACCUCGCGUAUGAGAAGCGCGAAGGGCUGGGUACAUUCGCGGUCAAAGAGGGCGAGGUUGCGGCAGUGCUGGCCAAGACGUGGGCGGCAAUGGGCCUGAUGCAGGGCCAGCACGCUGAUGAGGAUGAAGGGCUAGAAAUUGCACGCAAACUCCUGCGGUUGAACCUCACAAAGUCAAAACCGGCGGUGCCCCUGAAGCUCGAAGCUAGCGUGUCACGGCCGACGACAAAGACCCUGGCCACGACCCCGUUUCGCAACCUCCUGCUCUCCGUCCCGGUCGUUUUGACAAUGCAGAUUCCCUCGCCCCUCGACAUGUUUCUCACUCCUUCCGAUCUACAGAUCUACUCCACCAUAAACUCAUACCUUCUAUCCAUCCGCCGAGCACACAUACGUCUCACCGAGUUGUGGAAGAUCACAUCUCUUCGUCGGCAUCAUCCGGCACCACCAGGGCCUCCCGCCGGAAGCACCCGGGUCGGACGUUCCAAAGUCAUAUUACUUCGCCAACGCUACGCGGCGCGGUCCAAUGCUUUACGCAGUGCUUGGGUCACAUGCAGCGCAUCACUGUUCUUCCUCUCCGAGACGGAGGCUUACCUGCAAACCGAGGUUGUAGCAGGGCUUUGGGACGGCUUUCAGGCCUGGCUGACAACGAAUGAGAAGAAGGAUGCCUCAAAGCCCCCGUCAGAGGUUGAGGCCGAGGCUGAGGACGAGAACGAAGACGAUUGCGAUGAUAUCUGGCUCGCUCAGAGCACACCUGCUAAGGAGACGGCCCCCAAACCAACAGACUCGGGUCCAGUUCACGACCCUCAGAGCCUUGCCACUGCCCACCGGGCCUACCUCCGGGCCCUCUCUACCCGCCUCCUCCUAACCUUUCCAUCCUACACAGACCCGUUAUACAACCUCCUUACCCACACCGACCAUCUCGUCGCCCUGGUGCAGCGCCUCCAUACGGUCUGGACGUCUAUGGACCUCGAAGCGGACGCCGGUGUCGUCGACGCCUUUGUUGACCUCGAAAUCGAGGAGCAGGAGGUCCGUGCCGCGAUCCGCGACGUGGAGAAGCAUGUCAAGGAUGGCAUCCGAGACGUCAUUGCUGCGCUGCGGUCGCUGGAGGCGGAUCCGGCGGCGUUCGCGGACGAGGAGGAAGGCGGCGAGGAGGGCGUGCUGAGGGAAGAGGGGGAGUACGUGCCGCGCAGGGUCGGUGGCGUGGAGAGGUUACUGAUGAAGCUUGACCUGGCCGGGUGGUUUGGGGAGAAGAAGGACGAUUUCGGAUUCAUGUUUAGCGAAUAUUGA